AUGCUUAACUCUUCGCUUCUCCACCGCAUGCAGCCCAUCCGGCGCGCCGGCGCUCUCGUUUCCCGGCAAGUUUCGGGCAGCAGCAGCGCCAGAAGCUUCAGCACCGAAGGCGGAAGGCUUCUGAAUCCAAACCCGAGGCCCACGCAGUACCAGACGGUGAUAGUGAAUGAAGCUGUGAACCCUGCCCCCGGAAAGCCCUUCAGCUUCACGCCCUACAUCGUGGGCUUGGGCGUGUUCAUGUUCGUGUUUCCCUGCAUGCAGACCACCAUGGAACUUCGGAAAUACUACAAAGAGACAGAGCACUUGUACCGCGACGGCUGGAACAGACACCACUACGACAAGAUGAAGGACCAGUACUUGUCUUAG